CAAUAUGGCGGACGAAAUGGGAGAUCUUUAUGGUAGGCGUGGUAUAAACUGAUUGUUUGUCCAUCAAUAUCUGCAGAUUAAAGACGUCGAUGAACAAUGAAUGAUUGUCCUUCAUUAAAAGAGAAAUUUAGGACAACAAAGUUUAUCUUGGAGGCAGGUAGAUGCUGACUUUAAUACCUUGAUAAUACCAAUAAUACUUCUUGGUAAGAUUUCCGUAUAAAACCCAUACAUUUAUUACAUGCAUGCAGCAAUUUCAUACUUAGUUUUUUUUGUCACAAAUAGUUUAAUAUGAAUAGAGUCGACACAUGUAUGCGGGGUUAUACGGAAAUCUUACCCGCUACCACUGUCUGUGCACGAAUUUUGGUAAUUUCUUUUUAGCAUUGCAUAUAUUGUAGGGCGUUGCAAGUGUUGAUUUGCUGCAGAAACUUGCUGUUCUUUUGGCUUUUGUUACUUUUUGGGUACCAUCGCCUUAUAGAGGAAAAAUCUAUGUGAAUGCAUGAGCAAAAUGACAAGUUUACGCAAGAAUAUGACGAAUGAAUAUGCCAAAUGUAGAAUGUAAAACGACAAAAAAUAAAGAAUCUUUUUUGGUUUUUCGCUGUAUUUAUUCUCACUUAAAUCUAUGGUAAAUUAGCCAAAAUCCAAAGGAAUACCAAGACAUGAGUUAACAUGUCCAGACUGCAAUAUUCAUUGUUUGUGGCUAAAAAUGCACCCAGAAAUGACCACACAAUUGCACCAUUUUUGUUGUUUAUUGUCAAAUAUACAAAAUUUUCCUCCGUUAUAAAAUUAUCAUUUUGCUCACACACUAACUUGUUUUCCUCAAUAGAGUGAUGGUCUCCUAAAAGUAACAAAAGCCAUUCUUUCUUUCAAAUUUGUAAUGUUUUGGGGUAUACAUAGUGUAUUUUAAAAUAAAUAAAUGUUGAGUUAGGGCCAAUCAGCAUCAUCUGCGUCACGUAACCCACCCAGUACCCCAUAUUUUGGAAUAGGCCAUUUGCAAGAUGGUGUCAUUUUACUACUAAGACCAGAAUUCUUUCGUUUUUCUUUUAAUAUUUAAAUUUGGUAGCCCCAGUGAGGUUUAAGUGACAGAAGCACUAAUUUUCACAAGAAAGCAAAACCCUGAAGGAUCCUGGUCAUAGUCGUAAAGUGAUGCCAUCAUGCAAAUGGCCUAUUGCCCUGGCUUGACUUGGAGUCCCAUUUCCCUUGAAGUUGCUUAUACAUUUGAAAUUGGUCACAAAGUAGAAAUACUGUGUAAUAGCAUCAAACCAUUUCCCUCUGCCUGGUCACAGUUUGUCCCAUAGGCUGCUUAGAUGGGGAAAGUAAAAGCAAGAAUUGAGCUUUGCGUAAUUUGACCACAAUAUGUUACACUGAAAGCCUACUACUGAUUUCUGGGCCAUAAAACACCGCCCUUUUUUACAAAGGCAUAUUUGUGGUAAGUGUUAAAUAAAUUUCAAAAUCUCUGCAGUUUAUUUUAAUAAUUCUUAUUUAGAAUGUUUUGCUUUUGAGGUCACAGACUCAAGCUUCCCCCUGUGGCCUGUGCUUCUGCAUGUGUACUUUAUCAUCAUUUCUUAAAAUUGUGUCAGGAAGGUGACUACAAGUUGUAUGAUGGAACUGUAAGUGAUUAUUACCAUUUAUAAAAUAACUGAAAUAGUAGGCGUGAUCUGAUUGGUCAAAAACCUAUGGUUUAUUAUACCGGUAAACCCAUAGAAAAAGACAUCCGGACCACGAGCCAUAAACAAAACCGGCUAUUGAUCUGCAAACAACGAUUUUAGAAAGGCUAAAAAGACAGAACAAGUUACUUACCCAGUCCUUCUAAAUAUUAAAGGCUUUGGUUUCCACAUUUAUUACUGAGCGUCACAAUUCGCUACUGCCAUAGCUUUAGAAGUUAUAAAGUACAAAGCUGGAAAGCAGUUUACAUUUCAAGAUGAUGCCAAAUCGCCAAGAAAGACAACAACUGUGUGAAUUUCUGGUGUAGAAAGUCUCUCGGGAAAACUUAACCACGUGCCAGCCAGCAACAAAAUGGAUAGUUCUAGCAUUCUUGAUUUAUUUUAUGUCAAAAUUAAAUUCCUUAGUUAAAGAAAUUGUUUCAAAAAGAGAUCUCUGGCUCGACUGGACUGACAACUUUCUCCAUGUAGUUAGAGUUAGGUUGUAAACAAGCUGCCAACGAUGAUGAAAGAUGUCAGAGUCUCGGGCUGGUUUUUUCCAACAUUUGCACAAAUUAUUUGGUGAUAUCAAUGCCAUAUAUCCUACCUCAAACCACCUGACUUCCCAAAUCGACAAAUAUUAGCGCCAAUAUGUGGCUACGGGAAAGAAACCUUUCUCCACCACUGACAUAUUUCCAUCGGUCGCUGUACGUGCAUGUAAAGUUACAUGCGACAACUUCGCAAAUGCAGCCACGUCAUUACCUCAGCAUUUCUUGAUCAUAAUAAAGUCCAGAAAUUUACAACUCGAAAAGCUUGUAAAUCACUCGCCUUCGGCUCGUGAUUUACAAGCUUUUCUCGUGUUCUCCCAACAUCCUGCGUGGGUUAUCAUGCCGGUAAACCCAUAGAAAGUGUGGUCUAUUGCUUAAAUAUACCACUACUCUGCUGGAAGGAGACAUAAGGGUUUGUAGUAUUGCGAUAUAAAUUUGAGCUUUUUUUUUAAGCAGUACAUGUAUUUCGGUAAUUUAAAUUUUAACAUUAUUUUACUUUCUUAACUCAUUUAUUACAACUCCAACAUGGCCGCUCCAUGUGAGGGCUACCUACUUAGCAUAAUGUACAGGUGACACGUAACAUGUGACCUAUACUGUGACAAAGGCACGGUAUUGCAGUAUCAUCUUGCCCUCCAGUAUGCGGUAUUUUGGCUGAUUGUAAUCGGUAAAAGAAGACCCUUCGUGGUAUUGUGGUACCAUUCAUUUGCACUCUCCUGUCUUAUACAGGUCAAUACAAUAUGCAAUGCAAAACACAGUAAGCCAUACACACCGGUUAAUAAAAGUUAAUAAUCUUACUGUCUAAUAGUAAAUGAUUCCGAAUUUUUGACAAUUUAUGAAAGUUAAUCUACAACAAUCCCAUUAUGGGAUUGUUGUUGCAUCCAUGACUGGGCUUUUUAAUCUGUGUGUUGAUAAAUUUGAGGUCUUCUCACAUUUCUUUGCGAUGACUGAGGUUGAUUCUGGUGCAUACAUGCUUGAGAUAAAGAAAAAUGCUUGAUGGAUACAACUUAGCGCUAGUCAACAAGGUAAGUAGAAACAACAGAACACGAUCUGAACAAAAUGGUGGAAAAGUAACAACAAGAACAACGUCCUCAGUGAAAGGAGUCUGGGUAAAGACAGAGUCUGCUUGCCUAGGUGCGCACGGCUCACUAGUCAAUACAAUAAAGUAACACAACUAAUGAUGCCUAAUGGCACUACUGUCUCUUUUCCUGUCUCUUUUCUUCGUCUCUCGUAAUGACAGGGUCUUGAGGGGUAGACUAAUACAAUACAAAAUUCUCUAGGUAUUGUGGAGUGUGGCAAUUGCAUGUGUGUCAUUUAGGUACGACAUCGUGGUCUGGCUGGUUGCAGGGAGACGGUAAGGAUGUAAGUUUAGUAUCUGUAUCGGGAUGAGAAGAAGGAGUAGAGAGAGCAGCAGGCACCGGUGGUAGGGUGGAUGUAACGCAUCUUCUGUGGUCCGGUACAGUUGAGGUGUGGGUGUGGGAGGAGCUGUAGGUAUCUGUGGUGGUGAGGCUGGAGGCAAGGAGGUAUCAUCCUCGUCAUCGGUGUCGAAGUGUGCACUGCUCAUGUGAUGUGGCAGGGAAGGUGAAGUAUCCAUAGGUACUUUGCAGCACUCAGCCUUCUUGAUACAAUAGGUGGUACUCCUCAACUAUGAACCAACAAACUUUCUAACCUGGCACUAAGCACCAUCCAUGGACGUAACUAGGUAGCGAUCUCUCCCAUGAGAUUUUUUUAGGUCACAAUAGAGAUACACCAGGUCGCCAAUGGCGACUGAGGGGCUACUGGCCACUUGGGCCACGGGGCUGUGGACUUCUCACUGCUGGGAUGGUUGGCUUUAUGGAGGCUCUGAGCUCAGAGAGAUCAGAUCAUAGUCACCUACAGUGGAAUCUGGAUAUUUGAGAACUGAUCAUGCUGUGUCCACAUUUUGUGAGCUGACAAUCCCCGAGAGCAAAUUCGUGAGUUCAGGGUUGCAGUUGCGACAGAGAGUACAACAGGAGAAACUGGCCCACCAUGGGGAUCCUGUCGAAGGAGUUCAAGUUCAAGUUCUUGGACCGCUCUUUCCGCAGCAGGGUUCCUGUUUCAAUUCUUGACUCUGCCGAUCUCAAGAACAAUAUUCUGUGGUCGUGAAGGACUGGGUCAUUGUCGAGAGCCAUGAAACAAGGGGCGGUUUCAGUUCGUAUAACAGCAAGGGGACUGUCUAAUGGUUGCAUGUUAAUACACAGGCUGAUAAGGGCAUCGCAUGGCAUGUCGUGGCACUUGUUAGGAAGGAGGGUUGAUACUGUGUAGGAAGUGACACAUUCACGCAAGACAAGAAUAAACUGUUUGGCUCGUUUGAUGACAUCAGCAGCAAAGGAGAUACCCACAGUGUCAGGUGCUGGAUUAGUAGACUGCUUUACCACAGUAGUGGGAACUGUGUGGAGUGAAGCACAAUGAUGGCAGCUGGUAGUGACGUGAUCAACAGCUUUGUCCAUAUCGAGGGCAGAGAGAUAUCGCUGGGUGACCAUCUUCAUUUGGUGGCUGGAAGGGUGGCUGAGGUGGACAUGUAAAGCAGACAAGAGACCGUUGAGGACCAGGUGAGGGAAGAUAAUACACUCUCGGGUAAGCACUAGUGGUUCAUUACAUUUAACAAUGAGUAAGCCAUUGGAAGCGAUUGUGGCGACAUUAAGGUAGUGUUUUACAUCUUUAAUGUUUGUCAACUUCUUGGAAGAGCGUGGCCUUGAGUAAGAUGGGCAUGAGUGCGCCGUAGGUCUGGACACUCUGCCUGGAGGGCAAGCCAAGCAGCUCUGGUAGUGAAAGGAAGUUUAGCAGUUCCUGACAGUAUGCUUUGGACAGAUGCGCGGAGAACCAUGGAAUCCUCAGUGCGUUGAAUGAAGCUACAAACCUGGCAAGUUGGGUUGUCACACUUGGAAGCAUUGCAACUUGCAAAGUCAGAAGGUAAAAUUGCAGAUCCAGCAACAUGACGAACAGAGGCGUGGUAUCUACUGACAGUGGAGAGGAAAGUAGCAACACGAGGGCUUGAGGAAAACUGACCGCGGCAUAGCUUUUCAAAGGACUGUACACAAGGUUUGCUGUCAGUGAGGAUACAAGCUGGUGUUUUUGAUUGAAUGAUGUAAGGGCUGAAGUGUUUUGCAGCUGUGAUGGAUAAGGCCUCUAUCUCGCAAGGGAGCCACGUGACUUGGCGACCGCGGAGUUUGGCACUGAAAAAACCGGCUAGCUGUAGCUUUUUGUUAUGGGUGACGUACAUGGGAGCAGCAAUUCCUGGAGUUUUGACAGCACUGUCGGUGAUGAUCCACAAUUGAUCAUCGUGACAGGGGAGGGAGAUGGAGCGGCUUGCGGAAAGGGCAACUCAUUUCCAGUUCUGCAGUAACUCCUCUGGUGAGUCGGCUCUACAGUAUAGAUUGUUGGCGAUCUUGGCAACAACUCCUUUGUGGAUAAGGUCUCUAAGUACACAACACGAGUUCCUCCAAGGCAGUUUCUGAGCCAGGCAUGCCCAUCGCUGAACGGGCAUACACCUGGACCCCAUGGAAUGGAGUGGCUAUGCUGCAAUAUUUCAUAGCCUCGCAUGCAAGAGGGAUUUGAUAAAAGGCACUCAUGAGAUCAGUCGUAAUGAUAUGCUUCCACUGAGUGAUUUGGCGAAGGGUGGAAUCAACGUCGGGCAUGAGCGAUGGUUGAGGCUUGCUGUAUCUUCCCACGUCAGCAAAGGCGGUGACCAGGCACUAACCACUGUUACUCUUUUUGACAAGGAAUGAUGGUUUUAGAUACUCCACAGCGACGUUCAAGUCUUCUGGUCAUUUGAAGAUGCCUAGUUUCUCUAACUCGUCAAACUUGUUUUGGAGGUCCACAAGUUUGCUCCGCGCAUACUCAGGCAGAUGGCCUUUUCGUUGUGGUGGUUCAACUGGACCCAUGUUCACUCUAGCCUCAAAAGGGCCAACAGCACCAUUAUAACCUUGGAUCGUGGGGUCGAAAACAGAAUCAAAGUGAGUGAGGGAGGGAGUGAAAUGACGACUGCAUAUUGGGCUGCAAGAGAUUGUCUGGGUCAAUGUGGACAGCUGAUGAGAAGCUAGUACCAGAUACAGAAGGCGACAGGCUGAUUGACUACUUAGAGAGGUCGGCGGUGUGUUGAGGCUGUUCAUGAGUACUAAAGGUGAAAAUGAGGCUAACCUGACAAAAGUGCUCGUGUCGUUUAAGCUGAAUGGGUUUGCCUGACAAGUUUGGGAUUCGUAUUCUUCCUGCCCAUUAGAAAUAAUGCCAGGAGGGGGCCACAGAUUUGAAGUGGUUGCUAGGUGGACCAGAGAAAUGUUGGAGCAGGGCUCCAAAGCGUGGAGGGAGUCUGGAGGGAGAUCUUGUGGGAGUUCUAGUUCGAUAUAAUCUCCAUGCCAUAAUGUGGUUGAAGUUGUGGGAGCGCGUAGGACCACAGCGCGACGUGAAGCUUGCUGUGUAGAAUGAUCAUCAGAAGAGCCAUAUGUGAAGGAGGAGCCAUCCGGGAGGGUAAUCAGGUGCUUGGCAGGAUGAACAGCGAUAUCAUUAGCCUCCAUAGAGGGGGUACCAGUGAGGACCUCUACAUCCAAGUUUUCCAUGACCAGUCUGUCAAACUGGAACACAUGUUGUCUGUGAGUAAAGGAAAGCUUGGUUUCACCAAUGACCUUUAGUGGGGAUGAUCCGUCAGCCUGAUGGGCAGACUGGGCACUCUUACAAAUCUCAACUUUCAGCUUCUGAACAGUGGACAAGCGAAUCAUGUUACCAGUGGCCCCACUGUUGAUGGUAAUAUGGACGAGGCUGUGACCAUAAAACGUGUCCAGGAAGGGAGACUGGGGUACCUGGAUUCUCAAUGCACUGGGGGUGGGUUGGUUUCCAGUAGGCGCAGGUUGGUAGUCCUGUGGUUCUUCCUCAGGAUCCGACCCAUCACAAUAAUACACAUGAUCUGCCUAGCUUUUGCGAUGAACUUUUGAUCGGUGUCAGGGAGAUAAGUGCACUCGCUUAGGUAGUGGUGGAAGUCUGCGCGUGUGGCCUGUUGGCAGAUGGGACAGGAUGUAGGGUGUGUUUGGAAGCGAGUGGUGGGCUUGGCAGCUCGUGCGGGCCUGCCAUAGGAGGAGGCAGAGAUGCGCAUUACCUUAGCAUCUUCAGUGGCACGGAUUUCAUCCAGCAAAGAUUGGAGAGCUUGCAAGAUCUCAGGCUUGAUUGAGGCAAGUGUGCGAGAGCGGAGUUCAGUUCUGUAACGUUGUUUCACUAGUUUUGGGAGGUCAGGAUGCACAAGUCGUAACCAAGUGAGUACAAUAAAAUUCUCCAAAGUGGGAGUCAAUUCUUCAUCUUCAGUGAGGAGCACUCCAUGGUGUUGUAUGCUGUUGCUGUGAAGGAAGUUAUCCUCUGUAAAAGCCAUAAGUCUUUGGUAAAGAUCCUCAGGUCAUUUGGCAGGCUUGAGGUGGAUUUCUGAAAGAUCAAGAAUAUGUGCUCUGGUGGCUUCGAAGCCGAAAUGCAGGCAUAUGGCUGACCAAAUGGAGCCCAUAGAUGUUGAGUUCUUGACAAUGGUGUUUGUGGAGAUAACUGAACAGUAAUUGGCUAUUAGACCAAGCAUUAACUCAAGCAUGCUCACUUUUUGUUGAGCAGUACGGUGGCUUCCUUCAGAUACUGAAGAGCCGUCAUUGGUGAUGCCUCGAAGUGGGCUGUUUUUGGUCUUUUUUUACCGUGUAGCUCCGUCUGAGAGAAAAUGAGCAAACUGAGCGUCUAAGGAAAGGGUAUACACAAGGUUUUGACGCCACUUCUCAAAGGAAGUUAUGGUCUCCGUCUUGGUAAGGCACCAUUGUUUUGGCGCACGCCGACUGGCUGCCAUUAGGUCGAUCUGUCCAGCAGACGCUAUCGCUGACUGUUGGGUUCCGUUUAAUGUUUGUUGACAAGUUUGUAGCGGGGCAAACUGCUUCACUGAUGAGGUGUGGAGUUUGUUUUAACGGCUGCCACCACGCCAGUCAACAAGGUUGUAGAAACAACAGAACAUGAUCCGAACAAAAUGGCGAAAAGUAACAACAAGAACAACGCCCACAGAGCAAAGGAGUCUGUGUAAAGACAGAGUUUGCUUGCCUAGGUGAGUGCGGCUCACUAGUCAAUACAAUAAAGUAACACAACUAAUAAUGCCUAAUGGUGUAGAGUAAGCGUGAUUGAUCAUAAAUGCGGUAUCAGUAUUUUGUCGAUUUUUAUGAUGGUAUUUUUGGUAUUUGGUAAUUUUUCUUAUGGUAUUGCAAUAUUGUAUAUCCCCCAAUCUUCCCCUCCAGCUGCUUACAGAAGUAAAUAGUAUUCUCAAGAUGUCUAGCCUUUGUAUUCAUUAACUUGGCUUUAGUUUUUGUGAUCCUCUUUUGUCAAUAUUUUGACAUCUUCCAUUCUGAUUUCAUUUUUAUUAGAAGCCUUACAAUGUUCAUGAAAAGCUGAGGUGGCGCUUGUCUUGUGUUCUCAUUAUGCACCCCUAGUUGUCUUCCAGUAUCCCCAAUGUAAUGGUUUUCACGAGCACUGCUACUGAUGUGGAUCACCAUACCACUUCUCUUAUCCAGAUGGGUGUGGUCUUUGAUUUUAGUGAGCUGCAGGACUUGUGAUGUAAAGCAAUGCCAUGUGAGCUAAAAGUUCUCUAGAGUCUUUUUGGCAGUUGAUGUACAUGUGGUAGCCCACAUGUAUCGUCUUAUUGUACACUCCAGUAAUAUGAACAUCUGCCAAAUCCCCGCCAAAUAUAAAUCACAGACAUUUGACUGAAAGGUAACUCUCGCUAUUGUGGACUCUUGUUAUUAACGUUAACUCGCAGUCCUGAGGAUGUCUGCAAUAAAGGGAGUUGACUUUAUGAUGUGAAUUACUGUUGGUACUUGUAAGUUUCAAGGCUCUUACAUUCUUAAUCCUCAUUUGAUUCAUUUAGCUUGUUGGAACAACUGCAUUGUAUCUUGCAUCAAAAACAGAAGAAUUUCCUUGUAAACUUCGAGAUGUCAUAAAUGUUUCCUACAGGUAACAAAAUUGUUGUCUUUAUCUUUUUACUUUACUUUGAAGGGUAUUUCAGUCCAUGUCUAGUCCUUGAGAUAUUAAAUUUUACCCAAUUACCCAAGGGGUUUGAUAGAUUCCUCGAUAAGUACCUGCUACAUUGUAAGGUUCUCACCAUCAUCAAGGAGAGUGAUAUCAGCUGCCCAUACCAUCUAGAAGCAGAUGCGAACUUUUCUAUGUACAGUGUAUAAUGGCCUGGUCUGAGACGGCAUCAACAGGACAUAACCUCCAGAAGCAACUUUUUCCAGUAACUCUUCUAAGGUGUCAAGUUUUAUAUCAAUACAUAAUACCCUCCUGAAUUGAAUAGUAAGAUUUAUCACAGCAUUGGUUAUCAACAGGUUAACCUCUGUAUCUAGAUGUGAAUACCAUGUGGCACAAGGUUCUGUGGGGGAGGGGGGGGGGGUAAUUUUGUAGAUCAAUAAUUUGUUGUAUUUUGUUGGAUCUGGUUUUUGUUAUUGUGAAAGACUGGUUUUUCUUGCUGGCCAUUUAUUUUUAGGAUUUUCAGAAAGUUGCAUUCAACUGGAAUAACAGCACUUUGCCUUUUGAUUUAACUACAUGUAUUUUAAAUACAAGUGAAAGAACAUUCUAAGAUGUAAACAACAUUAAUGAGUGUCAUAUUCUAUCACAUCCAGCAGUUGAUCAGCAAUAAUUACUGUCAGUGUCACUUGUUGGACCAUGAUCACCCGCAUGUUCUUUUUCACACCAGUGUGCUACAUCUACUUCAGUAGAGUGAAUUUUAGGGGAGAACAUUUUUGUGAGAAUUUCUUCGCAGGUUGUGAAGAAAAAAUGCAAAAGGUGCAAAAAUUAUAUGCCACAAAAAUUUUUUGCACCAUGGUAUUUGCAUCUAGUACUGACAACAAUUUUGAAAAGGUAUACAGUAGCAGGGAGAUUGUAUGUAGAGGCAGCAAACCCUAGAAAAUUAUUAUUGCAACUUUGGAAUGACCAAAAGACAACAGGCUUGAAAAAUGACAAGGUAGAUCUAGAGGACAUGAUUAACUAGUUUAAUUAGGGGUAUAUGUGCAGGUGUAAGCUGUUGAAAGAAUUUCUUUUUGUUUUAUGUAAUUUUUUAGUAACUUAAUGCCCUUGUAAAGUGCUCUUAACAAACUAGUUUUGAAAUGCUGAGUAUGUAAAUUUCAUAUCAUUUGAACGGCAGAAUGAAGAAAUAAAUGCAAAGACGAUCAUCAGACACAAAUUAUGCGGUUCCAAAAAGAAAGCCUGAAAAAGUGCAGGCUUGCUGGGAUUUGCAUCCUGACCUCUGUGAUACAGGUGCAGCACUCAAAACAAUUGGGCUAGCAAGCCAACUGGGAGCUGGUCAUUAAAUUAGUUUGUAAUAUACCCAGAAAAUAUGAAAUUAUGAAUGAUGUGAAGUUCAUGUAUUUGAAGAUCCGCAGAAUGAAGAAAUAAAUGCAAUGAAGAUCAUAGUGGUUGAAGACCCAACUUAUGCAGUAACAAACUAAGAACUCCAUAGAACUAUUUUAUUCAACUACUUAUCUUUUUAGGGUGUUGCAUAGGGAUAAAGCACCGUUGGAAGUAGGGUCUUUGUACUGGGAAUUACGUGACAGUGUCGUUAACUGUGAGCUGAUGAUGUUAAGAAUUCUUCAAUUUCAUGUGGCAUUCAACAAUCCACAUAAGGUACCAAAGUUUAAUCGUCCUCCACAAGCUUGUUGUCUUGUUUAUAAUUUUCUUUGAAUUGAUGUUUGAACAAACAGUAUGGGAAAUCAUCCGUACUCUUAUCUUCAUUGCGGAUAAAUUUCUCUUGAAGAUUUUGGGAUCAGUUGUUUGUUUGCUCAUAAAGUACUAUUAACUUGUGUGGUAUACACUCUAUGAUUUUAUCGCUUCAACAAAUAAAACCUUCUUUCAGUAACAAAUUAUUCAUGUUGAAUGCUCUUUCCAUGCCCUCUGUUACUUAAAGUUAACACUGGAAAGCUAUUAAUCUUUUAACAGUUAUUCAUGACAAUUGUUUUUGUGUUUGUAGUAUCUUCUCCAUUAUCUUAAGUCCCUUGAUGACUGGCUUGGAGAUGAAUCAUCAAAUUCUAUCAGCCAGUUGAGCUGGAGUUUUCUGCACGACAGUUUCCACACUACGCUAUCACUCCAGUUUAAGCCAUCUCUGAUUGCAGUCUCCAUGAUCUAUUUUUCUCUGAAGUGUCUUGGUAUAACUGUUCCAUCUCAGGGAGCUCAACAUACUUGGUGGAAGGUCAGUAUAAAAAAGAAAUAUACUCAACAAGGACCCACCUUGACUAGACAGGUGGCUUUAUGGGACACCAUUCAUCAGAUAAGCCUGAAGGACACAUAUGUUUGGUCUGACAUCCAAGACAAAAUAUGAGUGUGAAAUCUUCUAAUAACCUGAUAAGCCUUAAGGACUCAUAUGUUUGGUCUGAUAUACAAGACAAAAAUAUGAGCAGCGUGAAAUCUUCAUAACUAUUACAUUUGAUUUUUUUUGCGUAAAAAACGCAGAUCUGCGUCCUCCUGAUGUAGAAGAAGACGCGGACUCUUACGCGAUAAAGACAGCUUUAUUUACAGGCAGUAUUCACACAAACCGAAGUAAAUUUACCACACGAAUAAAGAGAACUGUAUCCAGAGCCUCGGCGCGUGCCGUGACGGAACCAUGAUCUAGUACAGUACAUAACUUUAAAAAUCCACUUUUAUUUAGUUACAGACAUUCAGUUUUAUUCAUCUUAGCCAAGACGCCUUAAUGAUUAAAAUUUUGACAGCACCCACAUGUAAGAUCAUGUAAAGUCAAUGGUAUUCUUGUUUUUGCAGGCAAUGUGCCCAGACAGUACGGAGCAAGAAAUCCAAGCAACAAUUAGUAACAUGAUGGAAUUCUAUUCGCAAGAAAAUGUCGUUGCGGAAUAAACGAUUGAAAUUAAAGACAGCGAUUGUGUGUUCUCUGUAUUCGCUGUAAAUCAGUGCCAGGGUAGAAAACAGAAAUAUCUUCUCCAAGUCAUUUGUUUUCAUUUGACUUGACAACUUACUCAAAAGGCCUCCUGCUACAGCCCGGACGCACCAACCAUGUAAGAAGUAUAUAUUAUCCUAUGAGCAAGCUGUGGGCUUUUCACCGCCGAAAUCUUGCAAUACGAGUAGAAACCAACAGAAAAUAUGCAGAUGUUGUAGCUUUUUCCUUCAAGGCUUACCGUAACAGUACAUUUAAUAAAUGUUUAGGAUUGGAUGAUGAUGUUUUUGCCCGUUUUUAGCCUAUUAACUGGUCAUAACUUGCGUUCGGAUGGCCUCCUAUAUAAGCCUGCGAAAACAUCCGUUUCUCCUCGCUCUUCGCCAACGGGGACGUUUCAAGCGUUCCUCCGCGCCAAACGUCCCUGGCGGCGAAGAGCGAGGAGAAACGGAUCUUUUCGCAGGCUACUCCUAUAUGUGUAGUUUUCUUACGGCUUCGUCAAGCGUUCCUUCGUGACGAAGGCGAGCCUGAAACGCGCAAUUGUGGAAGCAAGCAUACAUUUAACUGAAGUAGUAUAGAAGGGAUGAAAUAAUCCUUUUUUGAGGUUAAUUCUUAGAAUUGCGGGUUGAAGUAGGAACGUCGAUUGUCUUGUUUUUUUUUAAUUCACCUUUUCAAUACUGCAUCCAAGGUAAAUGCUAUCGCCUGAUGGUAUUUUGGAACGAAGCAGCCGACAGAACCGCACCAACCGAUCUACUAUGGGAUUACAUCUGCGACUGGGGAUCGCGGUGUUUCUUGGGUGUGCAGGUCGCGUAACAACCCUAUGCCGUGUGUUCAUUAUCACGGUAGGCUUUAUCUGCAAGCAUUUUAUUCCCUUUCGAUGAGGCUUGGUCCGAAGGAGACACCAUAGUCAAAGCUUACGUCAGGUUGUGAGGUUGAGGAAGAUAAAGAAAGGUUUCAAGGGAAUUGAUACUAGUUUUAGCUUGAACGCUUGUUUCGAACCUUUGCCUGAUGGGUACUAGAGUACUCCCUUCCAGACAUUGUGCCGAACCAACUUUCAGGGUCUUCUAAAAACUGAGAAAGUGCUAUCUUUGCUUCGACAUCUACAAAUGGUUAGCCUUUGUUGUCUUCUCGGGUUAAGGAUGAAAAACCGUCGGCGCCACCUUUGCUGAACGAUCUGUCAUGAGUUGAGGGAGGAAACUUUGCACGGGACGUAUGAUUCCCGCCCGCGUGCGAGAAAGGAAAUAGGAGACAUCUGAACGAAGGCUAUAAACAAACUUAAAAGGAAAAAACACCCAUGUUUUCUCAACUUUAUUUUUUAAAUUGUUAUUUACAAUUAUGUACCAGACACCACAAAAGGGC